AUGACUGAACAGAAUUCUUUAAAGUCAGCUCAGCAACGCUCAGAGGAAGACGUCUGUGAGGAAGACGUCUGUGAGGAAGACGUCUGUGAGGAAGACGCCUGUGAGGAAGACGCCUGUGAGGAAGACGCCUGUGAGGAAGACGCCUGUGAGGAAGACGCCUGUGAGGAAGACGCCUGUGAGGAAGACGCCUGUGAGGAAGACGCCUGUGAGGAAGACGCCUGUGAGGAAGACGCCUGUGAGGAAGACGCCUGUGAGGAAGACGCCUGUGAGGAAGAUGUCUGUGAGGAAGACGUCUGUGAGGAAGAUGUCUGUGACUACCUCUCUUGCCAACUGAUUGCAGGUUAA